AUGGUGCUGGAUCGUCGAGAAGAGUGCAAUUCUUUGCAGAUCCAAAAAUUCCGACAGCGAACAGCAAAGGACUCAGCACGACUCAUCUCACCUACACCACUUGCCUCCUCAUUGCCGCAGUUGACUAUCGAAAUGGCCUCCUCACCCUACAUUGACUACAUCGAGCCGUCUCACUCCUCUCCACGAUAUUUCAGCAAAACCUCAUAUGCUCGACAUUCGAGGAAUAAAAGCCUCACACGACUUGAUCAACCUGGAAGUUCUGUAGCCAUGUGA